GUAUGCUGGUUCAAAGAAGCCCCAAAUUACUUGUGUGCUGAUUAGUCAAGAGUAAUCCCAACGUCCUGACUGCAGCUAGAUUUGUCCUAAUCAGAGAAAUUUCCAACCCAUGCUCUAAAGCAUCAUACGAGUAUGGAGAAAGAAAAAGUGGUUGGUUAAGCAUAACUGAAACUGAAUAUAUAUAAUACUCUUUAUAUCUGUGAUUAAUUUCUCCAUCGUUUGGGGUACCACUCAAGUCAAAAACAGCAGCCAUCACACCACCCGCAAUCUACCUUCCUUUGCCAACAUUUUUGUCAAACGCUUCACCCACAAAAUGCAGCCAUACCCAAUGUAAUUCAAGGUUAAGAUCAGAGAGGAAACCAUGACAGAAACCGUUGUGACCCUUGUCAUCAACGAGCUGGUUCAGUUGAUCAUUCAUGAAUCAAAAUUGCUAAGGGGCGUCCACCGAGAAGUUGUGAACAUUAGAGAUGAAUUGGAGAGCAUCCAGUGCUUUCUCAAAGAUGCGGAUCAAAGAGACCUCCAAGUUGGCGUCAAAAUGUGGGUGAAACAAGUGAGAGAAGUAGCCUAUCAUAUAGAAGAUGUAAUAGAUGAAUAUGUUCUUGAAGGGGCACAGUGUCGUCAUCAGCAAGGUUUUAUUGCUUUCGUGCAUAAAAUUGGCCGCUUAUUGAAAAAACGAAAACAAGGUCAUGAAAUAGCUACCAAGAUUGAAGAUAUCAAAAUAUCAGUUCGUGAAAUCAAGGAACGAAGUAAAAGAUAUAGUUUUAGUUCCUUAGAGCAAGGAUCAAGUAGCAGUGCAACGAAUGUUACAUGGCAUGACCCUCGAGUGGGUUCACUUUUCAUUCAGGAAGAUGAAGUUGUGGGUUUUGAGUCUAUAAGGGAUGAACUUGUAAGCUGGUUGGUGGGAGGAGCAUCUAAGCGCUCUGUGAUUUCAGUGGUAGGAAUGGGGGGAAUUGGUAAGACAACUCUUGCUAAGAAAGUAUAUGAGAAUGAAUCUGUGAAGGGACAUUUUGACUCCCGUGUGUGGAUCACUGUGUCUCAGUCAUACAACAUACCGAAGAUAUUCAUGUCCAUGACAAAGCAAAUCUACCAGGCAAAAGAUACGGCUCCCGGGCAAAUAGACAUGACAGAUGAGAUCACACUAAUUAGCCAGCUAAGGAAAUGUUUACAACAAAAGAGAUAUGUUGUGGUUUUUGAUGAUGUUUGGAAGACAGAGUUUUGGGAAAUUGUGAAACAUGCUUUACCAUGCAAUGAUUGAGGCAGCAGGAUUAUCAUCACAACACGGUGUGAUCACAUUGGUGUAUCUUGUAAAGAAUCUUUAACCGAUCAGGUCCACAAGCUACCACCUUUGUCUCAAGACAAGGCUUGGGAAUUGUUUUGCAGAAAGGCAUUCCAGACCGAGUUUCAUAAGGGUUGUCCGAGAGAGUUGGUGAGACUGUCGAUGGACAUUGUCAGAAAAUGUGAAGGCUUGCCACUUGCAAUAGUUGCCAUAGAUGGUCUUCUCUCAACAAAGGACAAGGUGCCAUUAGAAUGGCAAAAGUUACAUGGUAGCCUCAGUUCUGAGCUAGAAAGUAAUCCCCAACUUACAAGUAUAACAAAAAUUUUGUCCCUCAGUUAUCAUGAUCUACCUUACUAUCUCAAGUCUUGCUACUUGUACUUUGGUAUUUUUCCAGAGGACUACUCAAUCACUAGUUCAAGAUUACUUCGGCUAUGUGUAGCCGAGGGCUUUAUAAAAGGAAAGAAAAGCAAACCAUUGGAAGACGUGGCAGAAGAAUACUUAAUGGAGCUCAUCAACAGAAACUUGGUUCAAGUUUCAUUUGGGGAACUUGAUUACGAGAUACGGACAAAAUACAGGAUCCAUGAUUUGCUGCAUGAAAUCAUCCUAUCGAAGGCUGAAGAGAUGAAUUUCUGUCAAGUUCUGGAAGCUGGUGACACAACUUCUCAUGGAAAAAGUCGGUGCCUAUCAAUCCACGAUGUUAGAGAGAAUGUUUUCGAGACAAGUGAGUACUCUCGGGUUCGUUCUGUUUUUCUUUUCAACAUUAGUGAAAUGCCCAGGUCUUUCAUAGUUAAAUUGUUCAAAAUGUUCAAGCUUUUGAAAGUGUUGGAUUUUGAAGAUGCUCCUAUUGAUUAUCUACCUGAAGAAGUGGGGAAUUUAUUUCACUUAAAGCACUUAAGUUUGAGAAGAACAAAAGUUAAGAUACUUCCAAAGUCAAUGGGUAGGCUACAAAACCUACAGACUCUAAAUAUCAUGGAAACCCCAGUGCAUGAGCUACCAAUUGAGAUAUUUAGGCUUUAUAAACUGAGACAUCUUUUGGCUCAUUAUCAUGACCUUGAAAUUGAAAGUAGUUUGUAUGCAAUGCAGGGAGUAAAAGUACGUGAUGGGGUUGGAUGUUUAAGUGACUUGCAGACGCUAUCACUUGUAGAGGCAAAUCAUCACGGUGUUGGUCUAUUCACAGAGCUGGGAAAGUUGAGUCAGUUGAGGAUGCUGGGCAUUUCAAAUAUGGCGGCAGAAAAUGGGAGGGAUCUGUGUGCCUCCCUACAAAAUAUGGUCCAGCUUAAGAUUUUGGUUGUAAGCUCAAUCAGCGAAGAAGAAAUUCUAGAUUUACAAUCAAUAUCAUCGCCGCCUCAAUUUUUAAAGCAUAUCUUUUUAAGGGGACGGUUGCAGAAGUUGCCCAACUGGAUUGCAGGGCUUCAUAAUCUGGUCACAUUAGGCUUAUGUUUCUCAUUUUUAGUGGAAGAUCCACUACUAUGUGUCCAGACUUUGCCUAAUUUAACUAAUCUUAGCCUUCAUCAGGGGUAUGAUGGGGAACAUCUACAUUUUGAGGAAGGCGGUUUUCAAAAACUCAAAAAGCUCACACUGAAAAAGUUGAGCAGAUUAAAGAUGGUGGAAAUAGACAAAGGAUCACUGGCCGUUCUUGAGCAACUAGAGAUUGGGCCAUGCCCGCAGAUGAAGGAGGUGCCCUUUGGAAUCCAGCACCUGAAAAGCCUAAAGAUUCUCGACUUCUAUGAAAUGCAGGGAGAAUUUGUUCGACAUAUGCAGCCAGAUGGAGGCAAAGAUUAUUGGAAAGUCAAGAAGGUAACUACUAUCCGUUUCGGUUAUAGGAUUAAAGGAGAACGAUAUCAAAUAUACAAGCUAGGUGACUCAGACUUGUUGGAGCGUCUGCGAGGGUGAGUGAUGCAGGAAUAUGACAGAGUACAGGCUACAUCCACAUUGUUUGCAUUUAUUUCAGUUCGUUGCUUCUAUGAUUCUGCAAGGCCUUCAAAUCUACAAAUUUGGUGGUACUCAUUUAUCCUACCUGGGAGUCCCAUAUGAAGGUAACUUGGUAAUCCAAGUAGUCUUUACGUGAAUAGCUUUAUUCAGCUGAUCACUGGAGAUGAGUUUAUUCAGCUGAUCACUUUCGUAGCUCAAUUGAGGACUCUUCCAUCAUCAAGUUCGCAGGAUCGCGAUUAUCUACCAUCUAAUUAUUUGACCUUCAUUAUCUGUUAGUAGUAUUAGGAUUAUUUAUGCUCCUUUGUGAAUAAGUGGAUGGCUAUAUAAGCUGCAAUGUACUCUGAGAAAUAUAAAUUGAAUGAAGAGUUAUAAUUUUUAAACUA